UAGUAAAAGCUUCAACAGUCACACUGGACAGAAUUGUUUUACCAUUUGCAAUAAAGAAUAAAAAUUUGAAAAAAAUGGGAGAAGAGUAACUCAGAGCAUGGAUUUUGGAAGACAUGUGAUUGUUAUCUGAUUUAUGUGAAAUUUUAUGACAUGAAAGAGAAAUUAUAUUCUAGACCCUGUAUUCUUGAAUUCAUCACACUAAAACAUAAUGCAUGUACUUGAUUCAUUUAUAAUGUAUAAAUGACCAAUCAGUAUAUCAGUUUUUGUAUCCUCAAGUUUUUUUAAUGUUUCGGAAUUUUUUCUACAAUUUCUUUAGAAUUAUGUUGUCUGGCUGAUGAAUGAUUCUGUUUGUAUCCUGAAGACAGAAGCAACAGCCUCCUCCAGAGUGAUACCUGUGUACGAGAUUUCAUGGACUCAUAUCCAAGAAGAGUCCUGAUAACUUCAGGUGUCACAAACUACUAGUUAUUUUCAUUGUUUGUGCUCUACGGUCUUGAAUGUAUUUGAAGACCUAAUGCCAUGUAGUCCGAAAGCAAGUUGACAUUUCAUAGGAAGAUAACGCCUCACAUCUUCAGAGUUGAAUAAGUUGAGCAAGAUACCAGUGUGAAAGCAGGUGGCAAGCAGACUGCAUUUAAUGAGGGAGAGAGGUUGUUGGUUAAGGUUCCUGCAUACUAAAAUGCCUGGGAUAACCUAAUAAGGAAUUGUAUAUUCAUGGUAAAAUGUAAUGAGAAAAGAUUGUUUAAAUUAAAGUCAGCAGUAUGGUUUAUUUGUACCUUGCAAUUUUUAUAAAAGAUGUUGUCAUAGAAUUUGCAGUACAAGUACAAACACUUCCAAUUAUGUUUACGCAUACAAAAUAAAGUCACAAAUAGCUACAGUACAGAAUGUUAGUAGGACAGCCAGUAAAUUGUGUUCUCCCUUAAUUUGGCAACAUGUUAUAUUCAUGUGUUCUAAUCAGUCAGCUGCUAUUUAUCUUCAUUUCUCAGUUCAUCGAUUAAGGUACGCUGCUUUAUACCAUUAAUAUUUCAUCUUGAAAAUACGUGUAUGAAUUUCAGGUAUUGCAUGUCUGAUGUUGCAACUGCAGUCAUUUUUUUUUUGUAACAUUGUGGAGUUUGUAUUAAGCUUGCUCAGCCUGCAUGCAUGGAACAGAUCUACGACCACUGGACAGAUACAUUAGAUGACUUUACAUGAAAGUGUACAUGUGUUUCUGAUUAUAUCUUGUCAAAUAUUUGUUAGAGAGAAAAGUGUUCCAAAAAAUUUGUAUAGAAAAAUUAAGCAUAUUUUGUGUCCAGUACAUUUUUUCCAUAGGUGUUACAUUGUUCAGGGUAAUUUAAAUGGAUAUUAUGAGCACAUUUUUAAACACUUAUAUUCAGCAGUCAACCAUGGCUUCCAGAAUACAGUCAAAAUUUAGAAAAUGACAAAAGAAAGUCUUUAUUGAGUUUGGGCUGUAUUAUUUUUACAUAAUUAUAGCAAUAAAACUUUAUCAUAAACUACCUCAAUUUUUAAUUGUUUUAACAACUUUCAUAAGUGAUUAAUACAAUACUAAAAUGUACAUAAUUGUAAAAAUGCAUUUCUUGUAAAAGAGAAUCUCCCUUUUUGCUGUGGAGGAACUGUAGUUUCUUGAGAAAGUGGUCACUCAGAUUCAAGAUCCAGUAGGUUGAGAAUCACUUCAUUACAGGUCACUCCAUUCCUAAAUGCCAUAUACUUCUUAGUUUCUUCAGCCAGUUUCUGAAUUUUCAAGGCUAUGUGUCUGUCUAAUUCUUCUGAAAAAGAAUAUAUGAUGUAAUUCCUAUAAUAUUUUUUGGUUAUGGUAGAGAAAGGAAUCCUGUAUAAUCGGUAAUCUUGAUACAAUUUUUUAAAUUUUCUUUAUGUGUUAUGAGUUCAAGUUUACAAAUCUUUUAUCCUGUGGCUGCUGGUAAUCAAAUUGCAAUUUAGAUAAGCUAUAGCAUAUUCUGUUUUUUGAAGCUCGAAUACUGCUAUAUUAUGCCUUACUGCAUAUUUGUCACAAUAUAUGAAGUGUGUGAUAGCCUUUAGUUAGGACUUCUCUGAUCUGGGACUUCACUGAGUAAGGUUUUAGUACAGUCAUAGCUUAAAAUGGAGCUGUGAUGGUACUGUCGGUAUAGUGACUGACUACAGGCUGGACAGCAAGGGGUUGGAGUUGAGUCUCGGUAAGGGUAAGAUUUUUCUCUUCUCCAUGUCAUCCAGACCACUUCUACCGCUCACCCAGCCUCCUAUCCAAUGGGUAAUGAGGGGCUCUUUCUUUGCUGGUGAAGCAGCUGGCCAUGAAGCUGAUCACUCACCUCCAACUAGUGCCAAGGUCAAGAAUAUGUAGAUCUAUGCAUCCAUUCCCCCCACAGAUCUUCAUGGCAUAGUACUUAAUUAGUUAAGCACAGGGACAACUUUGCUUUUUACCUUUAUCAUAGCUUAAAAUGUCUGUGAGUUACUACUUGCUACUAACUAACUGGAAUAUAAAUGAAAAUACAAUAAUUAUGGUACUGAAUCCAUGAGAGGAAGAUGGGCAUCUGUGAUGCUAUGAACAACCUCUUUUCAUAAUAUGAUUCACUAUUCAAAUAAAGGAUGGUGCUGGCAGCUUUGUGACUGGCCACAGUUUGAUAUGCAAAGCAACCAAGUGCAAUAAUGGGGAUAUCCUUGAGACCAGCUGUUCAGGUUCUGACAAUGCUGUUAUCUUAUCAGUUUGCCUUACAAGUGAGAUAGUUGGCCCCCACACCUGAAGUGGACACCAUCAUGGAGAUCUUUGUAAUAAUGGUCUGUUCUUUAACUGUGGUUGUAUCUCAGGAACGGGAGAGUGUGAUGAACAAUUAUGCUGUAACUUGUGAAGGAAGUUCAGACUGUGUAGAAUAUUCAACAUGCAACGCAAGGACAAAUUCAUGUGAAUGUGACAGUGGAUAUCAGUAUGGUGAAGAUAAAUGCAAACAAUGCCCAGGCCCAAGUAGCCAAUGUACAAGUUGCUGCUAUCCUCCAAAUAGAUACAGGUGUGUUGGGAAUCAUUGUGUCUGUUGGAACAACUGCAAUGAUUCCUUUGUUUUGGCUGCCCAGGUGGCACUUGGAUCAGCCCUUACUAUUGCUUUUUUGGCCCUUGCAGCUUUGUUCUGGAAGACAUGUCCACAUCGCAGUGGAUCUAAUGGGCGCCUGUCAUCCUUACUUCGUGAGCAGGAGAGUAGCCUGACAUCCAUGCAGCGAUUCAUUCUCCAGCGGCUAAGGGACCGACCACCACGAUAUGAAGAUAACAGUCAGAUUCGACUGGAAAAACCGCCCCCAUAUCAGGAGACCAUCACAGACUUUGAGGUACCUGACACUUGGGGCAUUUCACCACCUCUCUACUCGGAGGCAGUUGUUACACCAGCAUGCAGCAUUCCUGCUGAUGAGAACAAACCAUUUCAGCAAACAAACAUAUCGACAGUAUGUGAAUGUGACACCAGGACACAAAUGGAAGAUGGAAACAGACAGCGAGUUGAAGCUAUUUUGUCAGGCCAUAACCAAUUGGACAGUGCAAACAGCAGUAGACUUACAGUACAUGAAAUGAGACAGACACAGCACUCCAAUAUUGAACUUCACAUGUAGCAGACAAAUGCAAGAUAUUGUCUGUAAAAUCUUUAAGUCAAUGAGCAGACUUAGGAGCCUUUGCUUGCAAGUAUGAUGGCUGGCUUAUUACAGUGUGUUCUGCAAACCUCGGCCAUAUAACUGUGUUAUUUUUAAAUUAUGAUUCUUUUAAUGUUCACAACUGAGUGUAUUCAGUUCUUACAUGCUUUGGGGAAUCACUGAGGGCUGAGACUGAAGCUGAAACAUUUACUCAGAACUCUAGCCAGUAACUGGUGCUUUAA